ACUAGUCCAAUCGAGAAAAAGCAACAGGAAACAAAAAAAAAUUAGAAAUUAGAGAGAAUUUUCGAGAAUUCAAACAAGCAUUGAAUUGAGAAUGGGAGAUUGCGAGGAGCUGAGUUUGGAGCUUUCAAUAGGCGGGAAAUACGCGGGAAAAUCGAAUUGCGAGAGCGGUAAUUCGAGAUUUGAUUUUUCUGAGACGGAUGAUUUGCAGAGGAGGAGAGAGAUUCAGGCAUCGAGGAGGCAAGAGGCGAGAAGGAAGAGAGAGGAGAAGGUGAAGAGGUCGAGAUUCGUCAACGAUAAAUUGUUUGUGGAGGCACAGAGAUUGCAGGGGAGAGUUAGAGAUAGGGAAAUUAGAGAGAAUGAAUCAAAUUUUGAGAGGAAAAAUGGCAGUGGUGAAGUUGCAGAUGAGCUGGGGCUGUCCUUGUUCAGUGAGAAGAAGGAGAGCUUGUACCCCAAGGUACAACUCGUCGAAGCUAAGAGUGAUUCGGAAAAUAGCAAUGGGUUGAAAUCCUUGGGGCAAUGUCCAGAUUUUUACAGCAUAGGCAGGCGGGCGUGGCAAACAGAGCUUAAGCAGGAGAGCAGCAGCUCUCCUGCGUCUGCGUCUGAGAGCGGCGGUGAAGCUCGUCGCAUGCCAUGUGUGUCGGCCACCGGAGAAGGGGCGAAUGGGAGGACGGUGAUGGGGUUCUUGUACAAGUACGAUAAGAGGGAAGUGAGCAUCAUGUGUGUGUGCCAUGGGAGCUCGUUUUCUCCGGCGGAGUUCGUGGAGCAUGCCGGCUGCCGAGAUGUGUCUCACCCGCUCCGGCACAUCACCGUCGUCACGUAAUCAGUUUUACUUUUUGUGUUAGGGUUUGCAUUUUAAGACUUUUGCUAGGCAGCCAAGAUGUUCACCCGAUUUCAAUCUACUGGAUUUCGUAACAA